UUUUUCUUCCGGUGUACUUUGAUGUUAUGGUUCAUUUGCCAAUUCACUUGGCAAGAGAGGCAAAGCUUGGUGGACCAGUUCAAACUUGAUGGAUGUACCCUUUCGAGAGGCAUAUGGGAACACUUAAGUCUUAUGUUCGAAACCAAAAUUGUCCAGAAGGUUCAAUUGUAGAAGGUUAUUUGGCAGAAGAAAGCCUCACAUUUUGCUCACGAUACUUAAAGAAUAUCUCAACCAAGUUUAAUAGACCGGCUAGGAAUGGCGAUGAAUCCGUGUCAAAUGCUGAAAUGUCCAUCUUUAAAAAUAGUGGGCAAACAAAAGGUGGUUCAAAAACCAUCACGUUAUCUCAUGAUGCAUUUAAACAAGCAUGUAUGUAUGUUCUUCAAAAUUGUGAAGAGGUCUGUUCAUUCAUGGAGCAACAUGCAAAAGAGAUUGAAAGACAAAGUUCAAGAAGAGCUGAAAGGCGUAACAAUGACUUUACUGUUUGGUUUCGUGCACAUAUCUUACAAUUAGCUGCACAAGAAAAUGCUAAUAAUGAGCUCAUAAGCUUAGCAAUAGGUCCUGGACCAGUGGUGUAUCGAUAUUCCAUAUUGAUGGUGAAUGGAUUUAGAUUCCAAACAAAAGAUCUUGAAUCAAUAAGAAAAACACAGAACAAUGGAGUUCUUGUGAGAGGAGAUGAUUCAGACUUUAAGGAGUACUAUGGUGUAUUAGAGGACAUUUACGAGAUAUCGUAUAUGGGAAAUAGAAAAGUUUACCUCUUCAGGUAUCAUUGGUGGGAUGUGGCUCACUUAGGAAAAGGAUAUAAAAUUGACAAGUAUGGUUUCACAAGUAUGAAUACUCGAUGUGGCUUGAAUACAAAUGAGCCAUUUGUGUUGGCAUCUCAAUCUGAACAAGUCUUCUAUGUCAACGGCAUGGUUGAUAAAGAUUAGCUUGUUGUUUUAAAGACAAGUCCACGCGACCUUUUUAAUAUGCCCGAAGAGGAUGAUAAUUGCACAAAUGUUGAAGAUGAAACAAUACAAAAUGGAGAAGCUUACUAACAAAAGGAAGUUGAAUUUAAUAUGGAGCGUAAUGGUGAUCAAGAAAAUGAUAUUUUAGUAUCUUUACACAGGGAUGAUGUUGAACCUCACAUCAUUAAUUAUGAUCAUGUAAUAGAACAAGCUGGGACAAGUGGGCAUAAUGAAGAAGAUGGUUUCAUUAAUGAUAAUGAUAUAGAUAGGACCGAAGAUGAAGAAAGCGAAGAAGAGAUAUUUGAUGAUAAUGAAGGAGAGGAUAAUGAUAUGGACUGAUCAAAGAAAUAACUUCCUAUCUGUAGCUGUUUUGUGCUUUUUUAAGCAAGGCUUCUUAUGCCUUUCUAGCCUCUGUUAUUUUGCCAUUAAUAUGAAUUUUCUAUCUUGC